AGUCCAGGAUAAACAAACUAUCGACGACAUCUUGAGAAACGAACGAGAAUGAUCCAAAAUCUGCAAAAAACAACACCACUAGACCUCCAAUCCUCGGCAAUGAAGAUGCCUCAUCAGCCUCUUCCUUUUUCUGCAUCAAAGACUCAAUACUUGUUCUAUGGCAAUUCAUCGGAGAACCCUUUGGUCUCCACGACUCUCUGUUUGUCGUCUUGUGAGAACCCUAAGAAGAGGAAGUUGAACUCUGAUGAUGAUCUCAAGGUUUCUUGCAUACCAAGCGACUACAAAUUAACAAAAGUAGAAAGAAAGAUUGCACGAAUGAGGAAUCUCACGAAUGAAGAAAGGGCACUGGACGAAUGGUAUGGUGUCUCAACUGAACUAACACUCUUCAAAGAUCCGUGGAUCAUCAAGAAGGUACUAACCACUAGCGAUCUUGGCCAACUUAGCCGUCUUCUUCUUCAGACUGGCCCCAUUGAGGACCACAUUAUCAAAUAUCUCAACAAGGAUGACCAAAAAAAGAUCCAAGAAGGUUUAGGAAUCGCGAUUGAUGUGUAUGACCAUGACACUGACUCUACACUCGAGCUGCUUCUAAAGAGAUGGACCACAUUGAAUAGUUAUGUUUUAAACGGAGGAUGGCGUAUGUAUUUUGUCCGUAGGAGAGGUUUGAGAGAAGGCGACGAAAUUGGACUGUUUUGGGAUCGUUUUGCUUCGAGGCUUCACUUUCGUGUGCUUUCUCGUGCACCUACAGAAGUUUUUAUAGAUCAGAAGAACCCUAAGUAGCUAUAUAUAUCGGAACAAUGAGUGGAGAGAGAGAUCUAUUCUUCUCUUUUUAAGGCUUAGCAUUUACUUUCGCAUAAUUUUCUUACCAUGAAUUCAUUAUUGGAAUAAAUAUUAAUUAUUUUU